CUUACAGAUGUGUCCCCUCUGCACCUACACAGAUGUGUCCUGGUAUGAGCGAGGCUCCGGAGCUCUACAGCAGAGGCUUCCUGACCAUCGAGCAGAUAGCCACGCCCCCUCCGCCUGCCAUCACAAACUACAUCUUUCUGCUGCUUUGCCUGUGUGGCCUGGUGGGUAACGGCCUGGUCCUCUGGUUUUUCGGCUUCUCCAUCAAGAGGACGCCCUUCUCCAUCUACUUCCUGCACCUGGCCAGCGCUGAUGGGGUCUACCUCUUCAGCAAGGCUGUGAUUGCCCUCCUGAACACGGGGGCCUUCCUGGGGUCCUUCCCUGACUAUGUGCGCAGGGUGUCCCGGAUCGUGGGGCUCUGCACGUUCUUCGCAGGUGUGAGCCUCCUGCCGGCCAUUAGCACCGAACGCUGCGUGUCUGUCAUCUUUCCCACCUGGUACUGGCGUCAGAGGCCCAAGCGCCUGUCUGCUGGAGUCUGUGCCCUGCUCUGGCUGCUGUCCUUCCUGGUUACCAGCAUCCACAACUACUUCUGCAUGUUCCUGGGCCGAGAGGCCUCAGGGACAGCCUGCCGCAACAUGGACAUCUCCUUGGGCAUCUUGCUAUUCUUUCUCUUUUGCCCACUCAUGGUACUCCCCUGCCUGGCACUCAUCCUGCAUGUGGAGUGCCGGGCACGGCGCCGCCAGCGCUCUGCCAAGCUCAACCAUGUGGUCCUGGCUAUUGUCUCUGUCUUCCUUGUGUCCUCCAUCUACUUGGGAAUCGAUUGGUUCCUCUUCUGGGUCUUCCAGAUCCCGGCCCCCUUCCCUGAGUACGUCACUGACUUGUGUAUCUGCAUCAAUAGCAGCGCCAAGCCCAUCGUCUACUUCCUGGCUGGGAGGGACAAGUCCCAGCGCCUGUGGGAACCUCUCAGGGUAGUCUUCCAGCGGGCUCUACGGGAUGGUGCCGAGCCAGGGGAUACGGCCAGCAGCACACCUAACACAGUCACUAUGGAGAUGCAGUGCCCCUCUGGCAAUGCAUCAUGAGAGGCCAGGGUCUGGGGCAAGGCUGCAGCAGAGAGCGGCCAGUAGCUUCCAGAGACACUCUGCCCAAGAGCAGAAGAAGCAGGGCACCUGCCCCUGUGCCACCGGGGAGAAGAGCUGCUUCUAGCACAAGGCAUCUGCCUCUUGCCAGGCGUGGCCAAGAGACUGAGCAGCCACCUGUGGACAGACCCUGCGGCCUCUGCUCCCCAGCCAUUCUGCUUCUGUGACUCAUUGUACCAAAGUUGCUCUUACCAGUGUGGUGGGGUCCCUCCUCAACAGAAGUUCCUCAGUGGAGGUGAGCAGGAGGCCAUCUGCCCCUUCAGUCAUCCCUCCUCAAACGUGACUCAGUCACUGUCACCCCUACGGGGACAGCAGCCUCAGCUCUACCUGCAAGGAGUCGUCCAGCCUCCCAAGACAGCGUCUGAAUUAACCCGAGAGAAUGGUGCUAUCUGGAAGAGGGUCCUGUCCACCUGCCUUGUAGCCUGCAGACAAGUCCCUGUCCCUUUGAUGAGUCAUCUGGUGACUUUAAUGGGGUAGGACUUGGCCCUGGCAAGCCGUGUGAGACAGGAAGGACCUUUUGCCACUCUGGGUAGCUGACUGCUUUUCUGACACCCCCAGCCAGCUCUGGGCAGCUGAACACACACUUGGUGUCUUUCAGGCCACUGUGGUCCAUUGUGGCAGCUCCCUACUAAGUCCCCAAACUCCAGUGCCCAUUUCAAAGUGGAUCUGGUUCCAUCCUGGCCCCCUGGGAGCUGCCACCAUGGUGUCAUUCGUCAUCCAGCACAGUGGCCUGUGUAGCCAAAGGAAGUUUUAUAACAGAUAAUAAAGUAUAUAUCAAUACACAUUUUAAAA